CUGAAUGCACUCCUGCUGAUGCUUUUAAGCAUGCUGGAGAAAAUAUAGUUUUUGCUAGUGGAAGCCCUUUCACAAAUGUUGAUCUUGGUACGUCGUUUCUUACUGAUGCUUUCCAUGCACGGAAGGAUUCGUCUUUCGUUCCUAAAGCCAAACCAUAUCUCUGUACCUUUUACUUCCAUAGGGAUAACUGAUGGUGGACUUACAAUAAUUACUGCCUUCGUGUACAAAUUCUGAACUGCCACAAGUGUAUAACUUCUACAACUACUAGCUUAUGUAUAUGUUGGCAGGGAACGGAAAAGUCGGUCAUGUAAAUCAAGCAAAUAAUAUGUACCUUUUCCCUGGAAUUGGCCUGGGAACCCUUCUUUCUGGUGCUCAUUUUAUCACUGAUGGAAUGUUACAAGCAGCUGCUGAGUGCCUUGCUUCUUAUAAGACGGAUGAAGAAGUUCAAAAUGGCAUCCUGUAUCCAUCUAUUAAUAGCAUUAGGCAUAUAACAGCAGAAGUUGGGGCUGCUGUUUUACAAGCAGCUCUUGCAGAAGAACUGGCUGAGGGACAUGGCGAUAUUGGGCCGCGAGAACUGAUGCACAUGUCAAAGGAGGAAAAAGUGCAAUAUGUCAGAAGAAACAUGUGGUACCCUAUCUACAGUCCCCUUGUUCACGAAAAAUAGAGCCUCGACCUUCCAAUCUAUCCGCAGAGGUUAAUAAAAUACUGGACGAGAUAAAGUGUAGCCACGCGGACGACUCGAGUUGUAGACGACUCAUGAGUCUCACGUGAAGAACGAUGAUGAAGAAAGAUUCAGGACUAGGAAUAUGCUACUACUACUGCUACGGGUGAACACACUUUUAACUCUAGAUUAUUUGUGCGGGCAUUUGCCAGGUGAAUCACUGCGGUAUUUGCAUAUCAUGUGGUGUUAGACUUUAGAUGAUCAAUUUUAUGGCUGUUCCCAUACUUCUUUCCCCGAAAGCUGAUGCCCUCUUGUUAUGUGAAUCUCCACGCUGAUGAAUCUCACCAGCCGAAUGCAGCAAGACAUGCUUAUAGAUGCA